UAACUGAGUCUGUGACUGUAUGUUUACCAGUCGAACAUUUUCAUUUUGCCUCUAAGGUCGAAACUUUUUUUUCUCUCAGAUUAUUCAAAAUUCUCUUGUGAUUUUGCGAUGGAAGUCUCUUCGUUUUCUGCCUACCCAACAACUUAUCUGUGUUCUUCUUCAACAGAGUUAUUUCUGCGAAAAAGGGUUAAACUUCCUUUAUGGAAUCAUUUUUCUGUGCCCAUUUCAUGGAGCAAAAGAACUGCACAACCUCUGUCAAGUAAAACCGGACGUGUGGUUCAUAAUAGAAACUCUUUCAAGGUUUUGUGCAGUCAAGAGAGAGAAAUUCCUAUUUUAGAGGCCAGGUGUAUGGAUGAGAUAUAUGAUGCUUUAGCUGAACGUCUUAUUCCCACAUCAGCAAUUGCAUCAAAUCCGAAUGCCAAGUAUAUUGUGGGUUUGGCUGGCCCUCCUGGUGCUGGAAAGAGCACUCUAGCAUCUGAAGUAGUGCGACGUAUAAACAAGAUAUGGCCUCAAAAAGCUUCUUCAUUUGAUUCUCAGGUUAAGCCUGCUGAUGUUGCUAUAGUUAUUCCUAUGGAUGGAUUCCAUCUAUAUCGUUCUCAGCUGGAUGCAAUGGAGAAUCCAAAGGAGGCUCAUGCAAGAAGAGGAGCUCCGUGGACUUUUGAUCCAUUGCUACUGCUUAAUUGUCUGAAGAAUUUAAAGAAUCAGGGAUCAGUUUAUGCGCCAUCAUUUGACCAUGGUGUUGGAGAUCCAGUUGAAGAUAAUAUUUUUGUGAGCCUCCAGCAUAAAGUGAUUAUAGUAGAAGGAAAUUAUCUGUUUCUAGAAGAAGGAGAUUGGAAGGAUAUAUCAUCUAUGUUUGAUGAGAAAUGGUUCAUUGAUGUUGAUCUUGACAUGGCUAUGCAACGGGUUAUAAAGAGACAUAUUUCAACAGGGAAGCCCCCGGAUGUUGCUAAAUGGCGUAUAGAGUAUAAUGAUCGACCCAAUGCGGAGCUUAUUAUGAAGUCAAAGAAAAAUGCAGAUUUGGUAAUCAAGUCUAUUGAAUUAUAAUGAAUUCACCAGUUGCACUAGAGGAGAAAGAGGUCAGAUGAAUCUGUUUGGCAUAAAGUUUCUGCAGAACUGAGGCAAAUGAUAAAGAGAUGAAUGCCGGCUUCUUCUUUUCUCAAUUUUACCAUCCAUAUUGAAUUCAACAAUUUGAGGAUUGACACAUUUCAUGGUUCAUCUUUGCAACAGAAGAUGGGUUCAUGUUUUUGUACAUUUACAAUAUGCACUGUUAGUAAGACUUGACCCCUCCAAUGUGUAAAAUAUAUAUAGUAUCAAUAAUAGUAGACAUAUUGUUGUUAGGGUAAGAAUUAGAAGUUAGAACAUGAAGAAAGAAUAUAUAAAAUAAGAAUAAGAAUGUACAAUGUGAAUCCAUAUAUAUAAACCAUU